GUCUUGUAGCAAAGAUGCUAUUCGCAGCACAUUUCCUUGUUUCUUAAAUGUUUAGCGAAAUAGAAGUAACGGUGAGAAAUCAUUUAAUCAUUUUCUUUGUAGAACCUCAAUUUAUAUAUUGCUGCAGACCUGCCACACAGCAUUUUGUUAUCAACAAGUUUAGGUUUGACGAGAUGUGGUUCCAGUUUGAGGAGUCAUGAGCUCUUCUAGUGUUAGUUUUAGUUUCCAUUUAUGGUGGAGAUUUCUUUUUGUUCUUGUAUUUACAUUUUCUGUUGUUGCUAAAUCUCUUGAGCUAAACCCAGAUGGUGUUCUCUUGCUUUCUUUUAAGUACUCGGUCCUCAGAGAUCCUCUUCACGUUCUGGACAGCUGGAACUUCAACGAUGAAACUCCAUGUUCCUGGUAUGGAGUUACAUGUACAUCUCCAGGAAGGGGAAACUCAUACUACUCUCGUGUGACAAGCUUGUCCCUUCCAAACUCUCAGCUUCAUGGUUACAUCCCGGCCGAUCUGGGCAUGAUAGAAUACCUUGAAAAUCUUGAUCUAUCCAACAAUUCUUUAAAUGGGUCUCUUCCUUUCUCACUUUUCAAUGCGACCCAGCUUCGUUUUCUGGAUUUGUCAAGUAACGUGAUCUCUGGUCAGUUACCGGAGUCAAUGGGACGGUUACAAAAUCUUCAAUUUCUUAACCUUUCUGAUAAUUCCUUGGCGGGAAAGCUACCUGCCAUUCUCACUACUUUGCAAAAUCUAACUGUUGUUUCUUUGAGAAAUAAUUACUUCUCUGAUAGUCUUCCUAGUGGAUUCAGCUCUGUUCAAGUUCUAGAUCUAUCUUCAAAUCUAUUCAACGGAUCUUUGCCUCCUGAUUUUGGAGGUAACAAUCUUCGUUAUAUGAACCUCUCUCACAAUAACAUUUCAGGAGAAAUUCCACCAGAAUUCGCAGAGAAAAUUCCAGGUAAUGCUACAAUUGACUUCUCAUUCAACAAUCUUACCGGAGAAAUCCCAGAAUCCAGUGUUUUUACGAAGCAAGAAAGGAGUUCAUUUUCUGGAAACUCCGAUCUGUGUGGUGAGCCAACUAAAAAUCCGUGUCCAAUCCCUUCUUCACAAUCUUCUCUUCAUAAUGACUCUGCGCCAACUUCUCCUCCUGCAAUUGCAGCAAUUCCCAAAACCGUAGACUCAAACCACGGCUCCGUCCCCACUGGGUCUGACCAAGGCCCAAAAGGGCUCAGACCAGGAACCAUAAUAGGAAUUGUCUUUGGAGAUGUUGCAGGAAUUAUAAUCCUAGCUUUGGCGUUCUUUUAUGUGUACCGGGUAAUAAGAAAGAAGAACGUUGAGUCUACACUGAAGAAAGAAGCAACUGCAGCUAAAGAUACAUUGUCAUUGUCUUCAUCUUCAUCAUCAGAGUCAAAAGGGUUCACAAGAUGGUCAUGUUUACGUAACAGAGGCAACGACGACGAGGAAGAUUCAGAUACCUCAGUUUCUGAUACAGAGGAAAACCGAAGUGGUCGAAAAAGUCUGGACACUCAACGGCAGCAAUUGCAUGAUCAGAACAAGAAAGGGACACUGGUAACCUUAGAUGGAGACAAAGAACUAGAGCUCGAGACUUUACUCAAAGCUUCGGCUUAUAUACUUGGAGCUUCUGGUUCCAGUAUAAUGUACAAGGCAGUUCUUGAAGACGGGACAACAUUUGCAGUUCGCAGAAUUGGUGAGAGUAGUGUUGACCGGUUCAGGGAUUUCGAAACCCAGGUCCGAGUCAUAGCUAAACUGGUGCACCCCAAUCUGGUUCGUAUACGCGGAUUCUACUGGGGAGUUGAUGAGAAGCUUAUUAUUUAUGAUUUUGUCCCAAAUGGCAGCCUAGCCAAUGCUCGUUACAGAAAAGUUGGCUCAUCUCCUUGUCAUCUACCAUGGGAGGCCCGGCUUAAGAUAGCCAAAGGAGUGGCCCGUGGGCUGGCCUUCCUCCAUGAGAAGAAGCAUGUGCACGGAAAUUUAAAGCCUGGAAACAUUCUCUUGGGUGGCGAUAUGGAACCCAGAAUUGGAGAUUUCGGGCUUGAAAGGCUUGUAACGGGUGACACAAGCUACAAAGCAGGAGGAUCAGCCCGAAAUUUUGGAAGCAAGAGGUCUACGGCUUCGCGCGAUAGCUUCCAAGAUCUUGGGCCAGGGCUGAGCCCGAGCCCGAGCCCAAGUUCAUUAGGGGGCAUAUCUCCUUAUUAUGCACCUGAGUCGCUGAGGAGCCUGAAGCCAAAUCCAAAGUGGGAUGUGUACUCAUUCGGGGUUAUAUUGCUUGAGCUACUAAGUGGGAAGGUUAUAAUCGUAGAUGAGUUAGGGCAAGGAAAUGGGGUUGUGGUGGAAGAUAAGAACCGGGCUUUGAGGCUGGCGGACAUGGCGAUACGGGGUGAUUUAGAGGGCAAAGAGGAGGCCUUGUUGUCUUGCUUCAAGCUAGGUUACAAUUGUGCAUCUCCUAUUCCACAAAAGAGACCAUCAAUGAAAGAAGCACUUCAAGUUCUUGACAAAUUCCCGUCUUCAUCUUCACCUUCACCAUACUAUUAUGGUCACUAAUGAAAUAAGCAUAAAUUUGAAGGCUUUUGUAGAGAAUUAUGUAUGUAUUAUUGACUGAUAGAUCUUUGUGUUGGUCAAGGUUUGGAUUGUAACUGAGUUGAGUUCAGGAGUAGAGCUUGUUGUUUAACACUAAUUUUCAUUUUUCUAUUUUGGACUUA